AGCGCCGAGCGGGGCGGCGGGACCGGGGCGGUGGCGGGCCCGGGGCGGCCAUGGAUCGAAUGAGCAGCACCAUGAAGCAGGUGUCCAACCCGCUGCCCAAGGUGCUGAGCCGGCGGGCGGGCGGCGGCGGCGGCCAGGAAGCGGAGCGGGAGAGCUUCGAGCGCGCCCAGACCGUCAGCAUCAAUAAGGCCAUUAAUGCGCAGGAAGUGGCUGUCAAAGAGAAACACGCCAGGACGUGCAUCCUGGGCACGCACCAUGAGAAGGGAGCACAGACCUUCUGGUCAGUGGUGAACCGGCUGCCGYUGUCUGGCAACGCCGUGCUCUGCUGGAAGUUCUGCCAUGUCUUCCACAAGCUCCUYCGGGAUGGACAUUCCAAUGUCCUGAAAGACUCUGUGCGAUACAAGAACGAGCUGAGUGACAUGAGCAGGAUGUGGGGCCACUUGAGUGAGGGCUAUGGGCAGCUGUGCAGCAUCUACCUCAAACUGCUGAGAACCAAGAUGGAAUUUCACACCAAGAAUCCCCGAUUCCCUGGAAAUCUGCAGAUGUCCGACCGACAGCUUGAUGAGGCUGGGGAGAAUGACGUCAAUAACUUUUUUCAGCUGACGGUGGAGAUGUUUGACUACCUGGAGUGUGAGCUGAACCUCUUCCAGACAGUGUUUAGCUCCCUGGACAUGUCGCGCUCGGUGUCGGUGACAGCAGCAGGGCAGUGCCGCCUGGCCCCACUCAUCCAGGUCAUCCUGGACUGCAGCCACCUCUACGACUACACCGUCAAGCUACUUUUCAAGCUCCACUCCUGUCUGCCAGCAGAUACGCUGCAGGGCCACCGGGAUCGCUUCCUGGAACAGUUCCGAAAGCUCAAGGACCUUUUCUACCGCUCCAGCAACCUGCAGUACUUCAAGCGGCUGAUUCAGAUCCCACAGCUGCCAGAGAACCCUCCCAAUUUCCUACGUGCCUCUGCGCUAUCGGAGCACAUUAGCCCCGUGGUGGUGAUCCCUGCUGAAGCAUCCUCACCUGACAAUGAGCCCAUCACAGAUCUGGUGGAGAUGGAUACCGCCUCACAGAGCCUGUUUGAUAACAAGUUUGAUGACAUCUUCGGCAGCUCCUUCAGCUGUGACCCUUUCAACUUCAACAGCCAAAACGGGAUGAAAAAGGAUGACAAGGACCGGCUAAUCGAGCAGCUUUACGGGGAAAUCGCAGCCCUGAAGGAGGAGCUGGAGAAUUUCAAGGCUGAGAGCACGCGGGGUGCGGUGCAGCUGCGUGGCCGGGCCAGCGAGCUGGAGGCAGAGCUGGCCGAGCAGCAGCACCUGAAGCAGCAGGCACAGGAUGAGAGUGAGUUCCUGCGCACAGAGCUGGAGGAGCUGAAGAAGCAACGGGAAGACACGGAGAAGGCUCAGCGGAGCCUGACRGAGAUUGAGAGACGGGCGCAGGCCAAUGAGCAGCGCUACAGCAAACUGAAGGAGAAAUACAGUGAGCUGGUGCAGAACCAUGCCGACCUGCUGCGCAAGAAUGCAGAGGUGACCAAGCAGGUGACAGUGGCCAGGCAGGCCCAGGGGGAUGUGGAGCRAGAGAAGAAGGAGCUGGAGGACUCCUUCCAGCGGGUGAGCGAGCAGGCUCAGAGGAAGUCUCAGGAGCAGGCAGAGGUGCUGGAGACACUGAAGCGGGAGCUGGCAGCCAGCCGACAGGAACUGCAGGUGCUCCASGACACACUGGAGUCCAGCACGCAGGCAGGAGCAGAGCAGAACACUCGGAUUGCCAGCCUGGAGCAGGAAAGGGACAGGCUGAGCCAGGCAGCAGAGCAGCACAGGGAGGAGAUGGCAACUCUGCAAGCUGAGCUGCAGCAGGUGCGGGACAUGCUCAGCCACAAGCAAGAGAGCAGCAGGACAGAGCUGGAGAUGCUGCAGACUCAGCUGAGAGACAAGCUCUGGCCCAGCAGGAGAGUGCAGAGCAGGCGCUGCGGCAGCAACUGGCCAAGGAGAAGCUGUCCCUGCUGCAGGACACCGCACGUGAGGGCRAGCGCAUGGUGCAGGACGCCCUGGCUCGCAUGGAGGAUCCUGCUCAUGUCAGCUGUACUGGCUCYGCAGAUUGCCUCCUGUCCCAGACGCUGGCGGCCUCUGAGUGUGCAGAGCGGCUGCAGGAUGCACACAGCAAGUACCUUUCGGAUUGUGCAGGUGAGAGGUGGCAGCUCUGAGCAGGGGACACAGGGGCAGCCCUGGCACACGGGGCGGGUGGGCAGCAUGGCAGGAACUGAGGYCUGUGCUUGCUGUCCUGCUGCAGCUGUGGGUUCCCUGCUGCCCUGCCUGGCYCUCUUCACCCACCUGGUCAGUGACACCAUCCUGCAGGGCAGCGCGACUUCACAUGUGGCCCCUGUGGAGCCUGCUGACCGUCUGCUGGAGCUGUGCAAGCAGUGUGGCAGUGAGGCUGUGAGCUACCUCAGUGCCCUGCAAGACCCAGCAAUGGUGGCAAAUGCUGACUGCAGCCUGGUGACAGCCUGCCUGGGCCAGAUCAGCACCAUCGGCGAGGAGCUGCGUCCCAGAGGGCUGGACAUAAAGCAGGAGGAGCUGGGUGACCUGGUGGACAAGGAGAUGGCAGCAACAGCCGCAGCCAUCGAAACAGCAUCUGCCCGUAUUGAGGAGAUGCUGAGCAAGGCACGAGCUGGUGACACAGGCGUCAAACUGGAAGUGAACGAGAGGAUCCUGGGCUCCUGCACGGGCCUCAUGCAAGCCAUCCAUGUCCUGGUCCUGGCGUCCAAGGACCUCCAGAGAGAGAUUGUGGAAAGCGGACGGGGUGCAGCAUCUCCCAAGGAGUUCUAUGCCAAGAAUUCACGCUGGACCGAGGGUCUCAUCUCUGCCUCCAAGGCAGUGGGCUGGGGUGCCACUGUCAUGGUUGAUGCUGCUGACCUGGUAGUGCAAGGCAAGGGGACAUUCGAGGAGCUGAUGGUAUGCUCCCGGGAGAUCGCGGCCAGCACUGCGCAGUUGGUGGCAGCCUCCAAGGUGAAGGCAGACAAAGACAGCGCCAACCUCUGCAAGCUCCAGCAAGCCUCCCGGGGUGUCAACCAGGCCACAGCCAGCGUGGUAGCCUCCACCAAGGCUGGGAAGUCUCAGGUGGAGGAGAAAGACAGCAUGGACUUCUCCAGCAUGACACUCACCCAGAUCAAGCGUCAGGAGAUGGACUCGCAGGUGCGGGUGCUGGAGCUGGAGAACCAAUUGCAAAAGGAGCGGCAGAAGCUGGGGGAGCUGCGCAAGAAGCACUACGAGCUGGCUGGAGUGGCGGAGGGCUGGGAAGAAGAUGCUGCAGAUUAGCACCAGCGGUAGGAGCAGCCCACAGGGGACACCCCUGGGACCCCACUCAGUGCUGUC